GGGCGCCCUAAACAGUUUACAUUGGUUACACGAUAUAUAACGCAAUACAGGUAAACAUCCGGUUUGUUCAGGUGUGUAACACAGCCACAACAGUCACAGGAUGCAUAGAGUGGAAUACGCAACGAGUGGGGGGACAAAUCUGAAGGAGAGGGGUCCGUACAACCCCACCCCAGCCGAAAACUACCUCAGUGGUACGGGGAAGUCGCACGUGUACCGGGGUCCUGGGUAUUAUAUCCCCUUAAACAACAGCUGGAUCCAGUACCACGAGUACAGGGCACUUCCGCCGAAAACCAAAAGGGACGCGGUACUGUUUGAGUCCGAAGAUGCCUGGGUAGAAUAUCAACGGAAACGAGAUACUGCUCCCAAACCAAGUGGCAUCACGUUGUCGGGAGUACCUACACAGUAUACUGGCGUCCCAGUACCAAACCUUCUCCCUUUCCAGAUGUCCGCCUGGAACAGACGAUGGGAUGGUCCAGGUUAUUUUUUACCUUCUGGUGAGAAAUGGUUCCACGAUCAUGACAGUCCCGCUAUCCCUAGUGAAUCUAAACUAUUUUACAACGAAGAGGAUUGGAUCAAGUACAAACACAUGCUAGAGAAACCAAGCAUGUCAAUGCUUCAAAAAGAAUAAUUUGAAUUGACAGAUAUAAUCAAAUGACUAUUGGACACCUGUAGGAUUGUUGGCAGAUUUUUAUGAAGGAGAUUGAGUGGUGGUUGGACUAGCAGGUCAUGUAUGGCGGCAGUGUACUAUACCGCCCAAUUGGCCUUCACCACCAAAAAUCUUUCAUGCUGAAGUCUUACACUGACGGCUGUCGUGAACACUGAUCAUGUUAAUGGCGAGAUGUUUGCCACUUUUGAAGUUUAAUGUUCAUCUUCUAUAAAGGCGCUGAAGGAGUUGUGAAAAAUUUGAUGAGAGAAUUUUCAUGGUUUCUUUAAUUACGUGUGACGAAGAUAUUUCUGUCGAAUGCCGUUCGUUAGUUUAAAGUCACCCAGUAUCAAUUAACGACAAUCACCACACCUCUUUCCAUUAACUCCUUUACGCGCUCUCUGGGAACUUAAUGGCACCGCAAUCAGACAAAGUCUGUUAGACAAUACAAUGUAUUGUUUAAGGAGGUACAUGGACUAUAAGAGAUCGAUAUUGGUGGUGAUCAGCCAAUGUUUUAAUUUUAACCAAUCAAUGCUGAGGAUACACUCGACUCCGAAACGAUUUACAAUCCUUAGAUAAAUGUACCCUAUUAUUUAUCUGUGUAAAACGUACAUUUCCCGCGCGUACUGCGGAUUGCCUCGGACGUUUACCAAAUACAUCUAUUAUCGCGCCAACUGGAAACACCUUAGAAUUCUUGAAUAAAAUUUGCAAAGUAUUUUCUCGAAAAUUUAGAUUUGCUAUCAUGACAAUUACUCGUUCAAGUCGUAAGAACAUCAGACUUAUGGGAAUAACUUGGAAUUACCGCUGGUAAUAUUCGUCUAAUACUAAGUAGGAUUUAUACUUCGUUGAAAAUGUGCAUAGUUUUGGAACAUUGUAACAUCAGAGAAAUAGCUAAGCUUAAUUUGAUUUAGGAUCUGUAAUAACCAACUUAAUUAUCUAUAUGGGAUUUGGUAUCACGGACAUGCUUUCCGACAACGUAAGAACGACAAUUAAUAAAUAUUUACUUCUUAACAGUUUAAACUAAAUGUUUGGAGAUCAAUUUGAGCGGUUUUCGGUUUGAUAUACAUGUAUAUAUUCAAGUAACUGUCUUUCAACACUUAUUUAUAAUAGAAAGUCCUGGUUUCGACAGGGAUUUUAAUGGCGUUCGUAGGCCAUUUGUUUGGUGUCAUGUUACGGAGUGGUUCUGAUAAACAUGAUUGAUAUACAUAGUAAGUACAGUCGGUUAGUACCAGAAUGACUUACUGAGGUGACAAGGGUCACUGGGUACACACCUAUUGGGUCAAUGUUGUACCGACAGAUUGUCCUUUCUAACGGAGGGUAACUUUGGGUGCUGUACUGGCUGGUAAUGAAAUAUUAUAUAUAUUUGUCUGAAAAUUAUUCUUAUCGUUGUAUUUGUUACAUUCCUAUUUAAUUCAUAUAAUAAAUAUUUAACUGUUAU